GUUGGAGAUGACGGGAUGGGGUUAUAAAGAGCUGGAUGGCUUCCUCUUCAACAUCACGAACAUCACCAACAUCGACACCAUCGUCAACAGCAUCAAGAGCCAUCAUCAUCAUCAUCAACAACAACUAAAAUCCAUCAACGCCAUCACCAAACAACACUGGCAAUCGCUUCCAAGCCACUUCUACACCACCAACCACUCCACAUACCACCAGCCCAACCAACUCAAGAAAACAAAAAUGGCCAAGACCAUCGCCUUCCUCGGCGCCACCGGCGGCUGCGGCCUCUCCGCCCUCCGCCGCGCCGUCGCCGCCGGCCACACCUGCAUUGCCCUCUGCCGCACGCCGUCCAAGCUCGCGGCGCAGUUCCCGGACCGCCCCGCCAACCUGCACCUGCGCGAGGGCAACGCCCACGACGUCGCCUCCGUCGCCGCCUGCCUGUCGCACCCCUCGGACCCGGCCCGCCUCGUCGACGCCGUCAACUUCUCCCUCGGCGGCGUCAUGAACAUGGCCAAGCUGACGCUCGACGACCCGGACGUCUGCAAGAAGGGCAUCGCCGCCCUGCUCGACGCCAUCGCCGCCGUCCGCGCCGAGCGUGCCAACGACGACAACGGCAGCAGCAUCAACAGCAGCAGCUGGCGCCCGCUCCUCGCCGUCGUCAGCACCACGGGCAUCUCCCAGCACGGCCGCGACGUGCCCCUGCUCUUCGUCCCCUUUUACUACUACGCCCUGCACGUGCCCCACGAGGACAAGAGGGUCGCCGAGAAGAGCCUCUUUGAGAGCGGCGAGCGCGUCGUCGCCGUCCGCCCCAGCUUGCUCGUCGACGGCGAGAAGCCCGACAAGCCCAUCCGCGUGCACGUCGAAGGGCCGGGCGGCAUCGAGCGCAAGGAGGUCGGCUACUUCAUCUCGCGCGACGACGUCGGCCGCUGGAUGUUUGACAACCUGCUGCAAAAGGCCGAUGACGGCGGCGCAGCCCAGUACGAGGGCAAGGCCGUCGGUCUGACGUGGUAGGCCUGGACAUCAAUCCAAUGUCGAAGCGGGUUUCUUUCUACUUGAUGAAACGGAGGGAGAUUGAUAUCCUAUAGACGACGAGCGGAUUGGCGUUUUGGUUUCUCGGCGCGAACGUGGCUGGCAUAUUUUUUUUAAUAGGGGCUAUACUAUAGAAUAAUGAAC